AUGGUUAAUUUAUCUCUUUACACAACAACUGCAGUAAUACUCCUUGAUAGUGAGGGUAAUAGAAUACUUGGAAAAUAUUAUGAUACCAAAAACUUAUAUCCUACCACCAAAGAACAAAAGGUUUUCGAAAAGGGAUUAUUUGAUAAAACCAGAAGAGCAAACGGUGAAAUCAUUCUUUAUGAUAAUCAAGUGGUUCUUUAUCGAAAUAGUAUCGACGUCUUUUUUUACGUUGUUGGAUCAUCAGAGGAAAAUGAACUCAUAUUGAACAAUAUUCUUAACGCAUUUUAUGAUUCUGUAUCAAGUUUAUUAAGACAUCAAGUCGAGAAAAGAACACUUGUCGAUAAUCUUGAUCUAGUAGUUCUCGCCUUGGAUGAGACAAUAGACGAUGGAAUUGUUUUGGAAACUGAUUCGAGUGUAAUUGUUUCUCGAGUAUCUCGUCCUCGCACUGAUACUACAGAUAUCCCUAUUACGGAACAAACUUUAAUUCAAGCAUAUCAUACUGCAAGAGAAAGAGUCACCGAGCGAUUGUUAAGAGGAUAA